AUGCCCAACGUCUGGUCGCAGUUCGCCACCUCAGCCAUCCCAGCCCAAGAGGAGGAGAUCGCACAGGAACCUGCCUGUGCCGACCCAGCCGACACCACCCCUUUGUACCUUACCAUGGAGGCCAUGUCCAUUGGUGAAACACCCGAAGGAGAGCCCAGAUACCUCGUCAAGGCCAAGGUGUGCAUUCCCGAGGGCACCCAGCUAGCCGCACCCCGCAUCAGCGCCGAGCCAAGUCAGGAGGAAGAGUUCAUCGACAUCGCCUUCCUUUUCCGCCUCGCGUCCGACGGCAAGCUCGAACUGCACCUCCACCCUGACUCUGUGCUCACCCAGGAGCAGGCCGACAACCUCGACGAGAACUUUGUUGCCGUCAAGUGGGAGCCUCGCGAGGAGAUCAAGAUGUUCGUGACCGUCCCCGACCUUACCGUCUUGGGCUUUGCUGGCCCUGGCUGGCCCACCAUCGACAAGGGCAAGCUCGCUACUGCUGCAGAGUAG